GGGGGUCUAAAGAUAAAUGUAUAUAUAACAAAAAACUAAAGUUACGCACAGGUUCAUUGAACAAAAGAAUACUAAUUGUAGGAACACAACUGGAACCAAACAGAAGUGUGUAUAUAUCUAGUGAAAUGAUCAAAGUCGGACCAGGAUCAAAAUUAUUCAUAACAUAGGGAAGGAAAAAGCGGGAUGAUGUAGCGCUUUUGCAAAACGACAUUUGACAAUAUGAAGCAAUACCAAUGUGCCUAUUGAGGAUAGUUUUAAAUCAAUACAUCACCUGAUAUGACAUAUGGAUUGGAAACAUAGACAAUAACAAAGCAAAUGGAAUAAAGUUUAAAAUUACACAAGUAUAGAGAAAUGCAUGGUGGGAAUUGCACUGAGAGACAGAAUAGGAACACAUGAAUCAGGGACCAAAUACAAAUGAGAGACAUAAUUUUGAAGUAAUAAAGUUGGCUUGGGUAGGACACAUCACAAGAAGGGAUGCUAGAACACGGAUGAGAAUGGUGAAUGGAUGGUAGCCAAACAGGGAGCAUGUCUGAGAGGAUGACCACCACGGAGAUGGAGCAAUGACACCAGCACAUGCAUAAGAAUGAGACAUUGUGCCAUCGCAAUGAGGGGGGUCUUCAUUCAGCAGUGAAUAGAACUUGAUGAUUAACAGAGUACAUCUACUGUCAUCGCACAUUUAAGGGAGAUAUCUCAGAUACUGAACUGUUGUGCAUACAUAUUUUUUGUAAACAAUCCCAGCUAUUGUCAUAUUUUAUGUUUUUUUAACACUGGCAAAUUAGUACUGUGUAACUUUCAUCCACAAUGUAAAUUGUACACGAAUGAGUUGUCGACAAAUUAUCCAAUUUCUAUAAACAAAAUGCUGUCUGAUCUUGUUAUUUCAGCUAUUUGUGCGGUUUGCAAUAUUUAGCCUGUAAAACAAUUAAACAAUUAACAAGAAUAAAUACUCAAAAUGUAUCAUAUUCAUGCAAAAUAGAGAACUUAUAUUAACUGUGGCAAUGUGGUGGACCAAUGCCAUCGAUAAUAAUAUCCGUGAGGUUAUCUGCGAUUUUACCCUUUAUCUGCGGGAAAAAAAAACCUUGGAUAGAUUCAGAUAAUUAAAAAUCUCAGAUAAUAUAUCAGAUAAUUAAAAAAUCCGAUUUAAAUCGGAUUUUUGGAAGAAUAGGGCCACUGAUAAUCAGUUUUUGCGGACCCAACGACUCUCAUGGAUAAUUGGAAUCGUGGACAACAGAUUAAUGGGUCCUUUAUUAUGCACCAUGAAAGUUGAACAUGUGUUGUAUUAUUAGCAGUAAUAGUGAUGAGAUUUAGGGUCUGCAUAGGAGGCUGUGGGAUGUAUUAUAUCCUGAAAACGCUGAUUCAGGAGAGGGCCAAAAUGCUCUUGGCUGUUCCCCUUCCCUGAACACCCACUGCCAUGGCAACCCCAUCUCGAAUGUACUGAGCAGGGAUGUGAACAAUGCGUAAUGCAACCGCAGUGCGUCAGUGAGAAUAUUUGUUUAUAUUAUUUUUAUUUGCGAGAGGUAUAAAUAUCACCACGUCGCUGCUGCAUGUUCCCCGAGUGGUUUAAAUUCUCAAAAUAGGUAUCUUUUGUAAAAAAAAAAGGCUGAAGCUUAUGUUGGUGCAGUCAUAUAAUGUAUGGAGCAGAAACUCGCAUGGGUAUUGUGUGUAAGUAACACAAAUGGAGAUGCUUUAUUUUUACCUUUCGGGGUUUUGUUGAUACUGAUAGAUGUUGAAGAGUCACACGGUUCACAGUUACACACAUUGAAGCCUAUAAACAUACAGAAGACAGUAUGUGUUUACUGUGGGUAUAAUAUUGGUGUGAUAUUUUUACAAUAAUUCAGAUACUGCAGUACUGUAAUGGAACGUAUAUUAUAAGGCAUUAAUGUUCAAUUUCAAAAUCUGAAUAUAAUCAAAAUGCACAGCAUUGCCAAUUCCCGAAUUAAUGUUCACUUAAGAAGGCAUAAGUUAAAUAUUAACAUUGCCUUAUCAUUUUACAGGGAAACGUCUUAAACGUAAUUAAAUAACGCGUUCAUGCCAUAUAUCGCCGAACUAUAAAAUGAAGCAUCCAGGCCAGUGAGCACUUUAAAUCUCCUAUAUGCAGUUGGAGUUUGAGAUAACGGGACCUCUGUAAUAACAACAUGAACAUUAUAACUUACUGGCGGUCCGAAUGCUCAAAUUAAAAAUGUACCAUCGCUACAUUUCAUAUACAUUUCCAUUAAUCUAAUAUAAUCAUAUUAAUGCAGAAUUAUGUAUUCAUAGCACCCAUUGUUUUUUUUUGUACCCAAUUAAAGUUGCAUUGUUUUUUUUUCUUCCAAACACAUCCCAUACAUGUCAACUCAUACGGUUUACCCCGUAUUCUUGUACAAUGAAAUAGAGUUGUCAGGUCCAUUGUUUUGUCUAUUUGAUUGUUUCUCCCUUGUGAUGGGACUUUGUAGGGUGAACGUUGAGAUUUAUAAGGACACGGGGAUGACCAGUAAGGUCUGAAUUGGUCUGUAAUAAGGUAGGCACUGAUAAGGGGUUGAGAGGUAUGACAUCCCUUCAUUUCCCGUGCUUUUCUCAUGAACAGUGACAUUGUCCCAAUGUGUUUUCAUCAGCCCCAUGAACUGUCCUGAAAAAACAGAUGAUUAAUUUAAACUCAUAAUAAUAACAAUCCUCUAUUAAUGCGCAGUGUUUAGUGUCAUCUAAACACCCAUUGUUCAUAUCUCCCGUGCAGGAGAGACAACGCAUCUCAAUUGUCUAAAUAAAAAAAGCACAUUCAAUGGGAUUGAAUGAACGCGAUUGAAUGGGGCUGGCAAGAGGGAACCCUAAGAAACUAAACGGUGUCACGUGGUCCCAGUGCUUUAAACGGUUGCCUAGUAACGGCGUGGUCCAGUCAGGCGAGCCAAGGCCUGUUCCGGUAAUGAUGAAUACAACGUCGGGGUUUAUGGCAACACGACGUGUUAAAAUGGACAUAGUACGGGGCAGCCUGGAGGAGAUUUCGCGCGCGCCCUCUUCGGGACGGACCAGGCCAGGGAGCCGCACAUGCAGUGCUGUGGCUGGGGAGCGGUCCCGGUCCAAUGGCUCUCCUGCAGGAGGGGCCCUAGAGAUCUUGAGUCCUGAACCUCCAGCCCUAAAGGAUCGUACUAUUUCAAUAGAAGAUAUUAGUGAUAUAUCUACUGACUCUGAUACAUGUUUAAAUGAGGACAUUGUUGUUCAAAAAUACAACCUUGAUCCAACUGCAAAUGCUGAUAAAAUGUUAAGAAUUAGCCCAUGCAUUUUGGAAACCAGAUUUGGUAGCUCUACUGAGUCGGAAGAGGAGCAAGAAGAGCUCAAUACUAUUGCAUUUGCUGGGAAAAAUACCAGUCAAGAGACUCAAGAAGCUGCAGAUCAUACAGUUGACAAUAGGGUUCAGAAAGCUCUGGAGAAGAUGAAGAAAUUGGACAAGAUUUUAUUACGGAAGCAGGAGAGAGAAAAUGAAGUGAAGAGAGAAGGUAGAGAGCUUUUACAAAAAUUGUGGAAAGAACUGCAGAAUGGGGAGAAUGUAAGUGUUGAAGAAGAAGAAAAUACAAAUAAGUAUUUAGCCUUGAUCCCACCUACAAGCUGUGCAUGGGAUGAUGACAGCUUUGAUGGGGCUCCAGUUACGCCACUUUUUCACACCCAAGUUCCUUUUGAAGAAAAUAAUGAAACACCUACACGGCAGUGUGGGUCAAGCUUAUCGAAAAGCCAAUCCAACACAACCCAACGCCACAGUGCAGAUGGCGCAUCAAUGCGUGGCAUCUACAAAGAAUGUAAAUCAAAGACAAAUCUUCAAGAAAGUGAACGCAAUUUCAUUCGAAAAAACAUAGAGAUGGUGCGAGAAGUGGGAAACCCAAUUCAAAUAACGGAAGAUGAAAAGAGCAGGCUUUUGCACCUCCUACAGGACAUUGAUGAGUCAGAAGAUUUACAUGCUGAUUCUGAGGACAAGCAAGCAGUGGAGUGUGCGGUAGUGAUGGCUGGCGAGGGCUACGUGCCCGAGGUGAAUGAGCAGCACCAGCUGGAGGAGAUAGACAGCCGAUUGCAUUCCAUCCUUCCUGCAGAGCAGUUCGCCCUCAUCAGAAGCACACCUCGCCUCGGCUGCCACUCCUUUCAGCAGGAGCAUGUGUUGAAUGGAGACGCAGUUGGGGACGGCCCAGGAGAAAAGGCUCUCCAGGACUUCAGGGAAACACGUGAGCUCCAACAGCGCCUGCAGGAAAUUGAGCUACAGUUGGAGAGACUACAGAAGGCAGAAGCAGAGUCGGAACUGACAAGGCUUAGUGAGUUGGACUUGCGCCUGUUGCUGAGCAAGUGCCCAGGCUGGGAGGAAAACUCGUCUUGUGAAUCUACGCCUUGUGGUACCGCUUCACCGAGACUGCCAAAGGCAAUGUUCACAAAGCUCUGCCAUGAAGGUCAAGGGAACAUAAGUGUGGCAAGGCACUGUGGUGAAGAGGCUCCAGAGAUGAAUUCCAGUGGGGGAAACCUGCGUGAGGCGCUUUCAAAGAGCGAGCGGUCAGAAAACAUGACACCUCGUCUUUCUGAGCAAUCAGAAGAUGGGGUUGAGACUAACGAUUUGGAGAGCAGCGACAGGGAAUGCUAUUACAUGAAAAAGGCUCUGAAACUUAAAAGGGCUAAAAAACCCUUUUUCUCCCAGUAAUCCAAAUUGUGGCCAUGACAGCAUUUCUUUGCAAUUUGAACGGAGAGAUGAAAGCACCAACGUUCAGCAAGCAGACGGGGGAACAUUGAGUCUCCAACUGGACCGUGAUCAGACAAGCUUGAGCGAGUCUGUUUUUUCAGACCUUUUAUAAAGCAGGAAUGCAGGGAGGAUAGCGAAGGAAGUAGAAUUCCCAGAGCCAUAUUUCUUUAGAGACAUUGGGUAUUACAAGCCUUACAUUGGUGAAAUAUUGAUUUUUUUUUUUCACAGACAUGCAUAAUUUAACAAAUUAUUUGUAAAGAAUGGCUUCGUAUUUUUACUUGAGUUAAAGAAUUUCCUUUUGCUAUUGGCCUUGGUUGUUUUUCUUACAUUUUCAAAGGGUACUCUGUGGAGUAAAUGUGUUUCAUGUAAAUACAGAAAACUUCAUUAAUGUUUUAAAUAUCCAUGAACUACCACAUUACAAAAUGAAAACAUUUAAGUAAUUAAUAUUUUUUUACAUAAACAUUUUGUGCCAUGGGCUCAUGGGAUUCACAAGCCAAAUAAAUUGCAACUGGUCAUGAUUUAUAUUUAAAGGGAAUUCCAGUGACCAAUGGGUUCUUGACCCUUGCUCUUUUAACAACCAGCCCUUCCCCCUUCUCUGUAGCCAGUGACUAGACUGAGAUGAUGGCUGUGCAUUCAAGGUGGCGGUGUCAUGACAAACAUGUCUCAAAUUUAAGUGUAGCUAAGCUCAAAAUUAAGGGCUUAGAUUGGAAUGUUAUAUUAAAUAUCCAAUGGGUUUUUUCAACAAUAAUAAGAGUAGAACUUUUAUACGAUCAAGCAACUCUUGACAAAAACGAAUUGGCGUCAUGUUUAUGUAAUUUACAAAUCAUUAUUGUUUCUGGCAUAUAUGAUUGUAAACUGUUAGGUUUACCAUCCUUUGUAGGUGAUUGUUAUUUUUAAGUCUUAAGUGAAUGCAAAUAUUGUUCGAUUGUGUGAUGGUCUCAUUUUAAAGGCAUGAAAUGGAAAUGGUCAAUGGGUGUGUUUCGUAUGCAUCUGCAUUAUAUGUUGUUUAACGUAUACUGGGGUAAACCACACUUCUACGGAUUAAGCUCCUGAAGAUAAUUAAAAUUGUGAAAGAAAAACAGGCCUUUCACAAGACACAAAUAUGAAUUUGUCCAUUUUCUGUACAGCUUUCCCUUGAUUGAAAAUUAUUCUGACAGAUAUAAUUAUUCAAAAUUUUGUUAUUCUUUUGUUCGUAUUCAAAUGGAAGACGUCGUUGUUAUUGACAAUAUAUAAUAAACAUUGCAUAUUGAGCAUUUUCGUAAAACAGUGAGACAUGCAAAAUACGUAUGACACACCAACAAUUCCAGAAAUCUCUUUCUAAUACAAUUUCAGACAACCUAAAUCUACCGCCAUUCUUAUUUGACACAUUUAUAUUUAACAAAUGUGGAUGGAUUAAACAGAUUAUAGUAGCUAAAAAAUGUUAAUCUGAUGCAAUGUCUGAUAUAACAAAAAUGUACUGUAUCAGCACACGUUUACCUUGGUCUCCUGUGCCACAGAGAUGGAAUUCAGUUUUACCCUUUGCUUCGGUUUUGAUUAAUAUAAAAGAGAUAGGAGAAGUUUGUAUUCAAAAUCUUCUAAACAAACUAUUGUUUGGACCGAUAUCUCUUUAUGCUACGCUCCUGUGUGUAAAAUAUUUAAAGUCAAACAAAACAUGAAUGGGUUUUGUGCUUUUUAUCUCCUCCGGAUGUUACUUCCACAGACAUUCCUGCAGUAUCUCAUCAGCACAGAUGGAGGUUAUAUCUGAUGGCUGUGCUGUCAGUCAGGGGCCCAAGCUUGAGAACCAAGCGUUUUAGGCUAUGGAGGUCAAUUCUAUAAGGGCUGACAGCUUUUAUAUUUUUAUUAAUGUUUGUGUAAGAAAUAUUUGCUUAAACGUACAGGUCAACCGUUUUCAACAAAACGUUGGAAUGCAUCGGUUAAGUAUUAAUUGUAUGGGGACACUCUGAACAUUGAGGCCAAGUAAUAGCUACCUACUUAAUCGCCCAAGGAUACUUCACUUCACCGAUGAUUAAGAAUAUAUCAUUGACUGUAAUUCACAUUUCAGUGUAUAGUGUUCAAAGUUGCUCUUUUAAAAAGUAGUUCAGAGGUUAUAGGACACACAUUUGCAGAUUGUAUGUUUACCAUGCAGUCGUCCAUACUCGGAAUUAAAAUAUCAACUGUGGAUAUUUUUGCAACAUUGUUACAUAGAGGCAAUGAAUAAGUUAAUGCUGACACAACUCAAUGUGCUGGAUACUCUUAAUACACAUACAUGGAUAAGUAUACUUUGUAACAUAAUUAAACUUUUGAUUUAAAGCUUUUGUGACUGCAGGGAUUCAUAUUAUUGGUUCUUUCGGUAAAGUGAUGUAGAAG